AUGCGAUCCAAUGCCGAUCACAUAAUGGAGAUUGCAUCCUCGCGCGACUCCCAGCCAUCGAAGCGCAAGGCGUCUCCGGAACGCGAUGACCGCGGCCAGUCGCCGAAAAGGACACGAUACGACUCCGACGAGGAGACGCGAGACCGCUCAAGACGACGAUCGCGGUCACUGCGGAGAGACCGCGCAGUUGUGGAUGAACAUCCACCAGAACGGCGUCCUACGGUCGCAACGCAAGAGGACAAGAGGCGAGGGAAGCGUUUAUUCGGCGGCCUGAUGAACACGCUGAACCAGGGGCCUAGCACCAUACAGCAGAAGCGUAGACAAGAAAUUGAGAAGAGGCAAAAAGAGCGCAUGCAGAAGCAAGAUGCGGAGGACGGACAGCGACGGGCCGAGAGGCUUGCGCAGCUACGAGCUGUUCGGAUCAGAGAGCAAAUCGUCUUCGACGAGGAAGUCAUGCGAAAUCGACAUGUAAAAAAGCUAGCCCUGGCGAGAUAUCUACAAACCAAAGCCGAGCCCAGAAUUUACUAUCUGCCCUGGCGCUGCACGGACCACGAGCAAGAUAUUAUAGAUGAGCAAAGGAGAAAGGCGAGGGAGCUUGUGCAGCGCGAAGAGAGCGAAUUCGAAAAGCGUCGAAAAUGGCACAUUGAUCGACACGGCGCCGCCGUUAAACCCAGGCCGCAAUCACCACCUCGAGAGCAGCCACGUCCACCAACGGCGAGCCCUUCCCCGCCCGACAUAGCCGCUGCGGAAUCAGCGAUGAAUGCGGAUGGCGACCCGGGCGGUGGUGAGGAGGAGAAUUCACGAGCAGAUGGCCACGAUGAUGCCGGGGACAUUGUGGAACAUGCUGGGGAAGAUAUGGUGAUAUACUAG